AUGGUCCGCGUGGGUUCGUCUUCCUCGGCACUCGGGGUCAAUCUGAUAGAGCAAAUCGAGAAUGUUUUUGAGCAACUGAUCAGCAAGAUAGAACCUGCAGAUUUUGAUCCGCUGCCCUUUUUGAAACAAUUGAACGUGUUAGGCCGCUACGAACCAAUCAAGCGGAAUGUAUAUUGCACUAAGAGACGCAUUGAAGAUUAUGGCAUUUCUUGUCGCUGUAAGCCUUCUCCUGGUUCAUCAGUUGUGUGUGGCAGAGACUGCCAUUGUGGCAUGCUCUUCUCUUGCUGUUCAUCACAAUGUGAAUGUGAUAACGCGUGCACCAAUAAAUCAUUCCAGCACAGACCUCUUAAGAAAACCAAAUUGAUUAAGACAGAGAAAUGUGGUCAUGGAUUGGUUGCUGAGGAUGAAAUAAAGAAAAGAGAAUUUGUUAUUGAGUAUGUUGGAGAAGUUAUUGAUGACAGAACAUGUGAGAAUAGGCUAUGGACAAUGAAAAGGCUGAAUGACACUAACUUCUACCUUUGUGAGGUCAGUAGUAAUAUGGUCAUCGAUGCAACAAACAAGGGAAACCUGUCCCGAUUUAUAAACCAUAGUUGUGAACCAAACACAAAGAUGCAGAAAUGGACUGUUGAUGGAGAGACCAGGGUUGGAAUUUUCGCACUUCGUGACAUAAAGAUAGGGGAGGAGCUGACCUAUGACUAUAAAUUUGUCCAGUUUGGAGCAGCUCAAGUUUGUCAUUGUGGAUCUUCGAACUGCAGAAAAAUGCUAGGCACGACGAAGUAUUCAGGAAGCUCACAGAAUCAUCAUGCCAAGAAGAAAAAGAGGAAAACAAAUUGUGAGAAUUGCAUACAGCAGUUUCUUCGUCUGUGGCAUCCACAGCAAAAAAUGUAUGUUGGAUGUUGGAUAGUUGACUUCGAUCAAGAAACUAAAAUGCAUACUCUGCAGUUCAUUGAUCUCCAUACUGAAAAGUUUGAUUUGAAAGAAGAAGAAUGGCACUUCUUAGAGGUUGAUUUCGGACGAAGAUUGAUCAUUGAAGGAUUGUCAUGGUUUGCUGCACUGCCCGCCUACCUUGGAUUCAUUUGCAAUCGCAGCAUAGACAAACGGAUGGCCAGUUUUCUCCCAUUUGGAGUCUACUGCAACCCUGAAAUGUGA